AUGUUUGACGUGACUAUUUCCGAUAUUCCGCCAGAGCCCAUCAUUCACAUAGGCAGAUUUUUGGCACCGAGUGACCUCAGCGCUCUAGUUCAGACCAACAAGCGCUUCUACCAGGACCUCGACUCGAUCCUGUGGAGGCAAAAUGCGGACCUCGCAUUGCUCUGGGCCGCGGAAAACGGCAACAUGAAGUCUGCUCGCAAAGCCCUCAGAUUUGACGCGAAUAUCAAUACCGAACAUCCGCCCACCAGGAAAGAACUGGCUCAACCGCGGGAGAUUCUGUAUAAUGAGCUCGUGCACGACAAGAGCCACGCCACCCCCCCUCUUCCUGGCCGCUGCAGCAGGACAUCGAUCAUCGCCGAGGAGGAAGAAGUUGUUCGGGUCUUGCUGGCAAAUCAAAAUAUUGACACUGAGACCAGGUACGACCAUGUAUGCCCAAUGCUGGAUGCAUCUUUAGUUGGCAAUGUCAACAUAAUCAAGCAGCUCAUUGACCAUGGCAUACGGCCAACACGGAUGAAACGAGAGGAGGAAUUCAUAUUUCUCUUCUCAUUUGCAUGCCAUCGCAUCGAUUGGCAUAAUGGUGAUGGCCGGACCGCUUUAUUCUGGGCCGCGACAUACGGCCAGGAAGAGGCGUUGAAACUGCUUCUUGCGUAUGAAAGAGAUGAGCGUGUGGAUGUCAAUACACAAACCUACAAUGAUGCCUUCCCAGAAGAGGCUCUUGAGCUAGAGAAGGCUGGAUAUGCUGGGCACUGGGAGGCAAUCACUCCGUUGAUCAGUGCUGCGAGGCAAGGACAUAUUGGCGCAGUGAGGCUGCUUUUGGCAGUAGAUAAUAUCGAUGUUCUUCACCGAGAUGAAGUAUUUGGAGAAACAGCGUUGAUGGCUGCGAGGUCAAAUGGCCGCCUAGAAAUUGUUGAAUUACUGCAAAGUUAUGUCGAUGAGUAG